AUGGACGAUUUAUAUCCACUUGCUCUAUUAAUGGAUGAGUUAAAACAUGAUGAUGUAUCAAAUAGAGUUGAAGCUAUGCAAAAAUUAGAUACAAUUGCUAUAGCAUUAGGACCAGAAAGAACUCGUAAAGAAUUAUUACCAUUUUUAAAUGAUGUUGCUCAAGAUGAUGAAGAAGAAGUAUUUGCUGUAUUAGGUACAAAAUUAGGUGAUUUUGUUCCAUUAAUUGGUGGUCAUGAAUAUUGUGAACCUUUAAUUAAUAUAUUAACAAUAUUAGCAUCAAUGGAAGAACCAUUAGUUAGAGAUAAAGCAAUUGAAUCAUUAAAUAAAAUAAGUAAAGAAUUAACUCAAGAAGAAAUAAAUAAAAUAUUUUUACAAUUAAUUACAAGUUUAACUCAAGGAAAUUGGUUUCUGAAAAAGAUAGCAUCAUGUGGUUUAUAUCAAGCUGUUAUAAUAAGAGUUGAUUCAACAACUAGAAAAGAUUUAUUAAGAAUGUAUUUAAAACUAGUCACUGAUGAUUAUCCAAUGGUUAGAAGAGCAGCUGCAACAAAUUUACCCCACAUUAUUGAUUUAUUAACUGAAUUUACUGAAUCUUCACCAAAUGAUGUAAAUAAAAUAAAUAAUGAAGAUUGGGAAAUUAUAUCCAAAAUGUUUCAACAUUUAAUUAAUGAUGAUCAAGAUUCUGUAAAAUUUUUAAGUGUUGAUGUAUUAAUAUCAAUAUUGGAAUUUUUUCAAAAAAUUCAUGAAUAUAGUUUUAAUUCAGAUUUUUUAUCAAGUGCAUUAAAAUUAAUUAAAGAUGAUAGUUGGAGAGUUAGAUAUACAGCAGCUGAUAGAUUUAGUAAAAUUGCUUGUAAUUUCAUUCAUAAUGAGCUGGACUUAUUUCAAUUAAUUGAUCCUUUUAUUUCAUUAAUGAAAGAUCAUGAAGGUGAAGUUAGAAAAGCAAUUGCUAAACAAUUACCUGUUUUUUGUAAAUUAUUAAAUAAAUUCCCACUGACAAAAGCAACAAUUUUAAAUAAGAUAAUCCCAGUGGUUAAUGAAUUAAGUCAAGAUCCUCAAGAAAGUGUAAGAAGUUCAUUAGCUUCAACAAUAACAGAAUUAUCACCAAUUUUGGAAAAACAAGCUACAAUUGAUAAAUUAUUACCUAUUUUUUUGGUUAUGUUAAAAGAUGAAUUCCCAGAUGUUAGAUUAAAUAUAAUUUCAAAUUUAUCAGUUGUAAAUGAAACUAUAGGUAUUAAUUUAUUAUCUACCAAUUUAUUACCUGCUAUAACUGAAUUAGCUCAAGAUCAUAAAUGGAGAGUUAGAUUAGCUAUAAUUGAAUAUAUCCCUAAAUUAGCUGAUCAAUUGGGUGAAUCCUUUUUCAAUAAUGAAUUAUUAUCAUUAUGUAUGUCAUGGUUAUGGGAUCCAGUAUUUGCCAUUAGAGAAGCAGCAGUACAAAAUCUAAAGAAUUUAACAAUAAUAUUUGGGUCCAAUUGGGCAACAAGAGAAAUACUUGUUAGAUUAUUAAAUCAAGAUGAUAAAAUUGAUGAAGACGAUAAGAUUGAUUAUUCAAAUUUUAUUAUAAGAAUUACAUGUUUAUUUGCAAUAACAAGUUUAAUACCAGUUAUAGAUUAUUCACAAUUAGUUGAUAAAGUAUUACCAUUUAUGAAUAGUUUAAUUACAGAUUCAGUACCAAAUAUAAGAUUUAAUGUUGCAAAAUCUUAUUUAACAUUAGUUGAAUCAUUAAUAAAUCAUAAAAAUCAAAUAAAUAAUGAAGAAGAAUUGAAAAAAUUAGUAAAUUUACAAAUUUUAUCAAAUUUAGAAAGAUUAGAAAGUGAUGAUGAUAUUGAUGUUAGAUUUUAUUCAUCAAAGAGUAUUCAAGGUAUUAAUGAAAUUAUAGCAUAA